CCCCCGUCUGGUGCUGACGUUGCUGCCUGGCUCGGGUGGGUGUGCCCGGUGUUGGUUAUAGAUGGUGCCGGUACCGAGGAUGUGCCGGGCUCUGUUCCUGCUCUGCCUUGCCUUCCAAGCGCUGCAGUCCGCCGAGGCGUACAGGAAGAGGGGACCCGUUGUCACUCAUAAGGUUUUCUUUGAUAUAAGGAUUGGGGAUAGAAAUGCCGGACGAAUUAUUAUUGGAUUGUUUGGAAAAAUUGUGCCAAAAACCGUGAAAAACUUUGUUGCAUUGGCAACUGGAGAGAAAGGUUAUGGCUACAAAGGCAGCAAGUUCCACCGAGUUAUCAAAGAUUUCAUGAUCCAAGGAGGAGAUUUCUCAGCCGGAGAUGGGACAGGAGGUUGGAGUAUCUAUGGGGAUCAUUUUCCAGAUGAGAACUUUAAGCUCAAGCACUAUGGCAUUGGCUGGGUGAGCAUGGCUAAUGCAGGUCCAGAUACUAAUGGGUCCCAGUUCUUCAUCUCCACAACACGACCUUUAUGGCUCAACGGGAAACAUGUUGUGUUUGGCAAAGUUCUGGAUGGCAUGGCUCUGGUGCACGGUAUAGAGCUCCAACCUACAGAUGAGAAGGACCGUCCCUUACUGGAGUGUGCUAUAGUGAACAGUGGAGAGAUCACCGUCAAAGAACCAUUUUUGGUGGAAGUGGAUGACUGGCAGGACUAGAGUGACAUUUUUAUAUACUGUACAAUUUUUUU